AGCGGGAACAACAACAACUAAAGUAAGAAAGAGAGAGAGAGAGAGAAGUGUGAAGUUGGUGAAGGUUUUUGAGAAGAAAGAUGGAACGAAGUGGCGGAAUGGUAACUGGGUCGCAUGAAAGGAACGAACUUGUUAGAGUUAGACACGGCUCUGAUAGUAGGUCUAAACCCUUGAAGAAUUUGAAUGGUCAGAGUUGUCAAAUAUGUGGUGAUACCAUUGGAUUAAUGGCUACUGGUGAUGUCUUUGUCGCUUGUCAUGAGUGUGGCUUCCCACUUUGUCAUUCUUGUUACGAGUAUGAGCUGAAACAUAUGAGCCAGUCUUGUCCCCAGUGCAAGACUGCAUUCACAAGUCACCAAGAGGGUGCUGAAGUGGAGGGAGAUGAUGAUGAUGAAGACGAUGCUGAUGAUCUAGAUAAUGAGAUCAACUAUGGCCAAGGAAACAGUUCCAAGGCGGGGAUGCUAUGGGAAGAAGAUGCUGACCUCUCUUCAUCUUCUGGACAUGAUUCUCAAAUACCAAACCCCCAUCUAGCAAACGGGCAACCGAUGUCUGGUGAGUUUCCAUGUGCUACUUCUGAUGCUCAAUCUAUGCAAACUACAUCUAUAGGUCAAUCCGAAAAGGUUCACUCACUUUCAUAUGCUGAUCCAAAGCAACCAGGUCCUGAGAGUGAUGAAGAGAUAAGAAGAGUGCCAGAGAUUGGAGGUGAAAGUGCCGGAACUUCGGCCUCUCAGCCAGAUGCCGGUUCAAAUGCUGGUACAGAGCGUGUUCAGGGGACAGGGGAGGGUCAGAAGAAGAGAGGGAGAAGCCCAGCUGAUAAAGAAAGCAAACGGCUAAAGAGGCUACUGAGGAACCGAGUUUCAGCUCAGCAAGCAAGGGAGAGGAAGAAGGCAUACUUGAUUGAUUUGGAAACAAGAGUUAAAGACUUAGAGAAGAAGAACUCAGAGCUCAAAGAAAGACUUUCCACUUUGCAGAAUGAGAACCAAAUGCUUAGACAAAUAUUGAAGAACACAACAGCAAGCAGGAGAGGGAGCAAUAAUGGUACCAAUAAUGCUGAGUGAACAUAAUGUCAAAAGAUGGCAGAGAAAACUUAUAGAUGGAAUAGAUUUAGAAAGAGAGAAUACAUUAGCCAGAAAGAGAAAAAAAAAAUUGAUCAUUAGUUGAUGAUUCUUUCUAGGUGUGCGUUUGGAAUACAAUGAAGUAAAGGAUGAACCUUAAGACAUGCUUUAUCCUAAAAUAGUGUGAUCUGAUAUUCCAUGGUUAAUGAGUAAUGUAAUUAUCAUACAAACAAUUUGUAGUCUCAUUUUAAUUAAUAAUUAUUAAACUACUUGAUUACUUAUGGUUAA